UCUUUGUAGACGCCCCAUACCGCCCUGCAUCUAGCUCCAUGUUUCGACAUUAGCAUUUUGCACUGGGCUACAUUUCGUCCCGGCAUUUCGCUCACAAAAACUAUGAAAUAACUGGAUUGUAUGAAUAAUGUCAGUAUAUGUUAGAGUUUUUCAAAGAUCUUCACAACUUUGGGUCACUGGCAGAAGCAAAAUAAAAGCAUUUCCGUUGUUCACAGCUCAGCUAUGCUUGAUAAUUUUGUUUAUUCUAUCUUUGGUCGGUUGUAUAAAUCAGUGCAUGAUGAGUGAAGGGUCCCACAAUAAGGGUGACCAUGAUGAGGUCAAGGCCGCAAAAGAAGCACAAGAAAAGUAUCAGAAGGAGGGAAAGCCAGCUGAGACCGUCUUCACAAAGAUCAUCAACCGAGAGAUCCCAGCGAAUAUCAUCUAUGAGGAUGACAAAGUGAUAGCCUUCUAUGGUUUGCACCCUGUUGCUCCUAUAGCUUUCUUGGUCGUACCAAAGAAACCAAUCCCAAGUCUUGUUGAGGCCACACCCGAAGAUGAACCAGUAUUGGGACAUCUCUUAUACAUUGCCAAAAAGCUAGCUGCUGAAAAAGGGGCAAAGAACGGCUUCAGAAUAGUGAUUAAUGAUGGUCCGGAUGGUGCUCAGUCUGUCCCUCAUCUUCACCUUCAUGUUCUUGGUGGUAGACAGUUGACGUGGCCCCCUGGAUAAAAAAAAUCAGGAUCCAUAACAUUUUUACACAUCUGUUGUGUAAAACAACUCCAAACAAUGGGAAAUUUGAUAUUAAGGCUCUGUACUUCUGUGAAAAAGUUUGAUCGAUGUGAAAUUGAAAGUAUACCAGUAUUUUGAAAUUCUGAAUGAUGCUGUUGUUCCAAAUCAUAACAACAACUGCAUUUGCAUAUGGUGUUGCUUGCUGGUAUAGGCCUGCCAUCAUAACACAAUGAAAUAGUGUAGCCAUAUAGCUUCUCUUUCAAAUUGACAUGAAACACCUGGACUAAUGCUCAAAUAGUCAAUAUUUUAACAUUUACAGCGUAUGCCUGAGGGAUAAUGAGACACAAGUGUAAUGCAUCAGAAUUUGAUUAGAUGUAUGUGUAAACAGAAGUUGUGAAUUACGAUUAUGAUAUCGUAUUGGAGAGGCCUUGGUCAUUUGCACAACUGUGAGCAUCAUGUAUACAAUUAGACACAAAACUGUCAGGUGCACUAUCAAAAUGACAAUAGUAUAAAGUUUGAGGCCUUGAAAAAGAGGGUGUGUCAUCAACUUAGCACAGACGCUCCCUGGUGCUGGGGUACGACCAACAUUUUUCAUCCCCUUGGUGUUUUUUUCAUUGCAUGUAAGCAUUGGUCAUUCUUGGACAGAUUUUCAGCCUGGUUAAAGGUUUUUUGUGCCAUUCCCCUCGCAGACAAAUGAUAUUCACAAAAGUUUACAAUUCUUUCAGUGAUCAACAAUGGUCCAGAUGCAUUGCAAGCUGUGUUUCAUUUGCACGUCCAUGUUCUUGGUGGCCGACAAAUGGACUGGCCCCCUGGUUAAGUUUAUAGAUCAAUUACUAGCUUACUUUAGAAAGUAAUACAUGUAAGCUCUUGGUCCUGCUAUUUCCACUUUGUCUUCAGUUUGUUAUCCUAAAUGAAGUUGCAACAUGUAUAUUGGCCAAACACACUGUACCAUACAUAUUGAUUGAUUGGAGUAAAAUAAAGCUAUAGCUUUCUGUUGA